AGACACGCAUAUGCACACAGACACAGACACACACACACACUCAGUUACUCAGCCCUGUGUGGACGUGAAGGCAGCACUCAGCAGAUCUCUCCUCCAGCUAGACGGUGUUCUGCGUCUCUCCUGCAGCCAGGAGGGAUGGACAAGAAGCUUGUAAAGACAAGUGUGCAGAAUGGCAGUGCCCCCCACCCCCCGAAGGAGGACAAAGCCACCAUGCUUCAGAAAGAGGUAGGCCUGGUGAGCGGAGUGUGUUUGAUCGUGGGGACGAUGAUUGGUUCCGGAAUCUUCAUCUCCCCAAAAGCCGUGCUGGUUGGAACAGGAGCCGUGGGACCCUGCCUGUGUGUGUGGGCCGCCUGUGGAGUACUCGCAACACUGGGGGCACUAUGCUAUGCAGAGCUGGGCACCAUGAUUACUAAGUCCGGUGGUGAGUACCCAUAUCUGAUGGAGGCGUUCGGUCCGGUCAUGGCGUUCCUCUAUUCCUGGACCACCAUCAUCGUCCUUAAGCCUUCAUCCUUCGCCAUCAUUGCCCUCAGCUGCGCUGAGUACGCCGCCACGCCCUUUUACCCAGGAUGCACCCCUCCUCUGCUCGUCACCAAGAGCCUCGCCGCCGCCACCAUCUUUCUGAUCUGCCUGGUGAAUUGUCUGAGUGUGAAGUUGGCCAACUACAUCCAGAACUUCUUCACUGCUGCCAAACUCUUCAUCAUCCUCAUCAUCGUGGUGGCUGGGAUUGUGCUACUGGCUCAGGGAAACACACAGAACCUGACAAAUGCAUUUGACGGGGGGGCCACAUCUUUUGGAGCCAUAGGACUGGCUUUCUACAACGGCCUUUGGGCUUAUGAUGGAUGGAAUCAGCUGAACUUCAUCACAGAGGAGCUGAAAAAUCCCUACAGAAACCUACCGUUGGCCAUCAUUAUAGGUAUCCCUUUGGUGUCUGUGUGUUACGUGCUCGUCAACAUCGCCUACUUCAGCGCCAUGACGCCCACCCAUCUUCUACAGUCAUCCGCUGUCGCCGUGACGUUUGCUGACCGCGUGCUGUACCCCAUGUCAUGGGUGGUGCCUCUCUUCGUGGUCUUCUCCACGUUUGGGGCGGCCAAUGGGAGCUGCUUCACUGCAGGCAGGCUGACGUAUGUGGCUGGGCGGGAGGGCCACAUGAUAAAGAUUCUGUCCUACAUCAGUCUCAAAUACUACACCCCAGCUCCUGCUCUCAUUUUUAACGGCAUUAUGGGCAUCCUGUACAUUCUCCCAGCGGAUAUCAACACUCUGAUUAACUACUUCAGCUUCGCCCAGUGGGGCUUCUACGGACUCACAGCCCUCGCUCUCAUAGUCAUGAGGUUUACCAGGAAAAACCUGCACAGACCUGUCAAGGUCCCGGUGGUGAUUGCGGUGUUGGUGGUGGUGGUGUCUGUGUACCUGGUGUUGGCCCCCAUCAUAGAUAAGCCAGAGCUGGAGUAUCUCUACUGCACAAUCUUCAUCUUCAGUGGCCUCAUCUUCUACCUGCUCUUCGUCCACUACAAGUUCCAGUGGAGUCACACAAUCAUGCGGCCAAUCACCAUGCACCUGCAGUUGUUGUUUGAGGUGGUUCCCCCAGAGAAGAUGGAGUGAAGAGCAACACAACACACACACACACACACACACACAUACAACAAGUACACGCAUGCACGCACGCACACACACACACCACUAGG